AUUCCUGAUUACUGCCUGUCCGAACAUUCUCUUAAUAAAGUUCUGCAUAUGGAUCCGAAUGUCUCUGACUCCUCGUAACAUCAGCUGUGCUGCCAUCUUCAGACUUCACUGUAUGGGAUAAAGAGGACAAAACAUGCAAUUAAUUGUUUCUUAGUCAACAUUAUCUCACCCUGUGGGAUUUUUUAGGUCAGGCAGAGUAAUGGCAAGACUGUGAAAUUUAUAUUUUGGAUGAAAUUAGUAAAAAUAUAGCUGCAGAUGCUUCAUAAUAAGUGUCACAAUCACCCACUGGAGUGCCCAUGAGCUCCACCAGAGGGCACGCCAUCCCUGACUUUUACUAUUCACACAGGACUCUAUUUCCCACAAUACUUUGCUCGGACUCAUCAACACUCAUUACCAGUUCACAGCUGCCUCACAUUAGAAGGACUAUAAAAUAUGCACUCAGACAAAAACACAGGGCUGAUGCUUGUUAGCCUGUAGCAAACUCCUAGUUUCUGUGUUUUCCCAUUAUUUUCUAGUUCUUUGCCUGGCCUUCUUGUUUUGAUCUUGGAUUGUUUAUCUGGUUUUUGAUUGUUUGCUCCCUGCCCUGACCUUUUCCUGUCUUGUGGAUUACCCUUUUGCCUGUGCCUUGGAUAUUACUGUUUGCUGGUGUUUAACCCUACCUGUUUUACUGUGCUCUAUUAUAAAAGCCUUGCAUUUGGAUCCUCAACAUGCCUCCUACAAUACAGAAUCAUCAGCCACAAUGGAAUCCAGUGGCUUUAUUCAGUGAUCCAGACCAUAAUUCCAGCAGCACAAGUAAUGUGUCUCCAUCAAGAGAAGGACCGCAACAUGACCGCCACACCUCAGCCUUCUACUGUCAGGGUUACCUCUCCUAAGUCUCGUUACAUCACAGCUGAUCUUCUUGAGUCAAGUCGAGUCACCACAUACCUUCCUGAGUAAGUCAAAUCACAGAUGAUCUUCCUGAAACAAGUCACGUCACAGAUGAUCUUUCUGAGUCAAGUCAAGUCACCAUUGUUUCAGUGUCUCUUCAUAAGAUGGCUGUCAUCCCAGAGAUUUUUUGCAAGAUGGCGCAAAAGCCAGAGCCUGCUCACGUCAAGCCUGCCAAGCCAGAGCCUGCUCACGUCAAGCCUGCCAAGCCAGAGCCUGCUCACGUCAAGCCUGCCAAGCCAGAGCCUGCUCACGUCAAGCCUGCCAAGCCAGAGCCUGCUCACGUCAAGCCUGUCAAGCCUGCCAAGCCAGAGCCUGUUCACAUCAAGUCUGCCAAGCCAGAGCCUGUUCACAUCAGGGCCAUCAUUCCAGAGCCUUGUCCCGUUAUGGCUGCCAUUCCAGAGUCUCGCCCCAUCAUGUCUACCAUGCCUAGUAGAACAAAGUCAGUCCCAAGGCAUUCAAAACUGGCAUCCAACAUGGAUGAUCCACCGCUGAUGUCUGUACGAGUUGCGGGUUACACUGCAAACUCUCCGCUCCCAAGCCAUGCUGACUCUGUGUUCUUAAGCGUCACUGUUUUUACGCACUCAAGUGACAUCGUUCCCCAGGAACAGCACCUUCAGUCUCGGAGAUGGGCAAUGUAUUCUGUCCUACCAGUUAUGGCUAUGGCCAUUCUGUGCGUUUGGGCCGCACACACCACCUUAGUUUCCCCAAAGGCUGCAACUUCCACUGCAGAACCUCCUGAGGCCCACUUUAGUCCCUGAAUCUGUUCCCAAGUCCACUCUAGUCCCAGAGCCUGCUUCUGUCACAGAGCCCGCUCCAAUCCCAGAGCCUGCUCUAGUUCCAUAAUCAAUUUCCAAGCCUGCUCCAGAAUCUGCUCCAGUUUCCCCUAAGAUAGCAACAUCCGUUGCAGAUGAUGAUUUUCUUCUGCCCUGCUCUGGUGGUCUUUUGCUCCAUCCUGGUGGUCCUCUGAUCUGCCUGCUCCGCUCUGGUGCUCUUGAGCUUCGCCCUGGUUGUCUUUAAUGCCAUCAGUUCUGUCAGCUCCGUCUGCUCCACUGUGGUGGUCUUCUGCACUGCCCGGUCCAUCAGCUAUGCCGUGGUGGUCUUCAGCUCUGAUUUGGUGGUCUUCAACUCUGCCUACUCUGCUCUGGUGGUCUUCAGCUCCGCUCUUGUGGUCUUCAGCUCCACCCUGGUGGUCCCCUGAUCCGCUUGCUCUGCCCUGGUGCUCUUCAGCUCUGAGCAGCACCCUGCUCUGCUGGCUCCUCAUUACCAGUUCACAGCUGCCUCACAUUAGAAUGACUAUAAAAUAUGCGCUCAGACACAAACACAGCGCUGAUGAUGGAUAGCCUGUAGCAUACAACUAGUUUCUGUGUUUUUCCUGUUAUUUUCUAGUUCCUUGCCUGGCCUUCGUGUUUUGAUCUUGGACUGUUUACCUGGUUUUUGAUUGUUUGCUGCCUGCCCUGACCUUGUGGAUUACCCUUUUGGCUGUGCCUUGGAUAUCACUGUUUGCUGGUGUUUGACCGUGCUUGUUUUACUACGCUCUAUUAUAAAAGCCUUGCAUUUGGAUCCUCAC